CCUCUUUCUUCCUUCUCCAAACUCCGGCCAUUCGUCUCCCUCACGUGGUGGUCUGACUCACUGAGUUAACCGGAACGAGUCUAGUCAAGUGAGUUCAACGCACAGACAUGUAUAGGAAGAAAGCUACGCUUCUUACUACUUUCAACUCUCUCGCAACUCUCCCAAAGGUACGCAGAUAUCCCAACUCUCAGAGCUGCAUAAAGACCCUUGCUUUAUUGUGUAAUUUCAGUACUGCCACUGAAAGAUCAGAUUUUAGAUCAGAUUUUGAUACCUCCACUGAGAUUAAUAGCGAUUAUUAUGCUGAUUAUAAGCAAAACAAUAAUGGGUUUUAUAGAAAUACUAGUGGGAAGGUGGGAAAUUGGAACGUUGGAGGAAAUUAUGGGCAAUUUGAGGAAAAUCCACAUGGGUUUUAUGUUAGAAACGGAAAUCAAACUGGGGUGGUUUAUCAGCAAAACCCUAGUAGGGUUUAUCCCAUAAACCCUAGGCAGCAAAACCCAGUUGGGAAAAAUGGGGUUUUUGCAAGUAAUAGUGAUAGCAAUAUGUCUUUUGAUGGCUUUAAGAAGGGGUUUCAGCCGAACCAGGAAGAGCGAAAUGGGGAUUUCAUGCCUAUAAAUGAGUUUCAGCACGGUUCAGGUGGGCAAAAUGUGAAUUUUGGGAGGGAAAGCUAUGAAAGUAUGCAACAGAAUUCAGGUGCAAUUUAUCAGAGACGAGAGGGGGGAAAUGGGAAUUUUACAAAUGGGCAUUUCAGAGAGGGCCACAGAACUCAGCUUCAGCAGAGCUCGGUUGGUAGAAGUGGGAAUUUGAGUAAUGGGGGUUCAGUUGGGGCUGAACGGAAUCUAAAUUGGAAUCACAGAACAAAUCCAGCAUUACAGACGGGCGGUUUCUCUGAUGGUUAUGGUGGAGCGUCACAGCAUAAUGGAAUGAGCCAUAAUGUGGGGAAGGUUGGAACUUUGCAGCAAAAUUCUCAGAAUAUUCAUGCUGGAAGACCUGGAAAUAUUGAACAAAUGCAGGGCAGCUAUGGUAAUGCAGGAAUGCGUCAGCAAAUUAUAAGUGAAGAUUUGAAAGCGGGUGAUGAGUCAAGUGGAAAUUAUGGUGAUAUGAAUAUGACAGGCAGGAUUGAGGAGCUUGAUCAUUACGUUGAAGAGGGUAAACUGGAGGAAGCAGUGAAAGUUUUGGGGUUGUUAGGGGAGCAGGGUAUCAAAGUUGAUUUGCCUCGUUAUUUAGCCUUGAUGACUGCAUGUGGCAAGGAUAAAGCUCUUGAAGAGGCAAAGUGCAUUCAUCAACAUCUUAUGAGAUCGAUACCUAAUCUUGAAGUUAGUACUUACAAUAAGAUUCUUGAGAUGUACUGUCAAUGCAGAGCGAUGGAGGAUGCUUAUAGUAUAUUUGAGAAGAUGCCACAACAUAACUUGACUUCUUGGGACAUUAUGAUUGCUGGGCUUGCUAAGAAUGGUCAUGGAGAAAAUGCCAUUGAAUUGUUCACGGAAUUCAAAGAAUUGGGACUGAAACCUGAUGGUCAAAUGUACCUUGGUGUUUUUAGUGCAUGUGCUGACUUACUUGACACCACUGAGGGCAUGUUGCAUUUUGAAGCAAUGAGCAAAGAUUAUGGCAUUGUUCCAUCCAUGGAACACUACGUGAGUGUGGUGGACAUGCUUGGAAGUGCAGGUUAUCUGGAUGAAGCUUUAGAGUUCAUUGAAAAGAUGCCAGUGCAGCCAAGUGUGGAAGUCUGGGAAACUCUGAUGCAUCUUUCUAGAGUUCAGGGUAACAUGGAGCUUGGGGACCGUUGUGCUGAGCUUGUAGAGCUUCUGGAUCCAUCUCGACUGAAUGAACAAUCAAGGGCAGGUCUCAUACCAUUCAAAGCUUCAGACCUUUCUAAAGGGAAGGAAAAGAGGAAAGCUGAUGGUCAUAAUCCUCUUGAGGUUAGGAGCCGGGUCCAUGAAUUCAGGGCAGGAGAUAGAUCUGAUCCUGAUCAUGAAAAAUUAUAUGCACUGCUUCGGGGACUGAAGCAUCAAAUGAAAGAGGCUGGUUAUAUUCCAGAAACUAAAGUUGUGCUCCAUGACAUUGACCAAGAAUCGAAGGAGGAAGCUGUGCUCGGACAUAGUGAGAGACUUGCUGUUGCCAAGGGUCUCUUAAAUACCCCUGCUAGGUCUGCAAUGCGGAUAAUUAAAAAUCUUCGUAUCUGUCUUGAUUGUCAUAAUGCUAUGAAGAUUAUCUCAAAGCUGGUUGGUAGGGAACUUAUUAUGCGAGAUGCCAAGAGAUUUCACCAUUUUAAAGAUGGGGUAUGUUCUUGUCGGGAUUAUUGGUGAAGACCACUUUGAGGAAGAUGAGUAUGCUACUGCAAUGGAACGAGGAUUGUUUUCUAAGACUAGGAUGGCUGGGAGAUUUUUUUCUUCAAAGAAUCAGUAGUGGUUCUCCACUUACUCCUUGACAAGGUGAAAUGUGCUACCAAUUAGGCUGCGUUUCGUUGUCAAUGACCGGGAUUCUUGAGAAGUGCUCCCCGAGUCUCGUAAUCAGGUUCACUAUUACAGAGUACAUAGUUUGACAAAAUUUUCCAAUGAGAACAAUCAUACAAGGGACGGUAUACUUGGUAUGAGGAGCCUGACAGCAACAAGUAUUGAAGAGCUUCUCCAAUUAGUCUUGAGAGUCUUGGUCUUUCUUCUCCAGUUCCAGGGUAACUGGUGAGAUUCUCCAAUUUCAGCCUUCAGAAACUGUGAAGGCUUUCUUGAGUAGUAGUAGUAGCAGUAGUAAUGGUUUUGACUCAAGGGCCAGGCAAAUCUCAUGGGCAACAGCUUCAGUCCUGACAAACCAGUGAUUUUGACUUCCUUCUCUAUUCCUGCAAAAGUCUUCCUGUAUCACCCCACUUGUGAAUGGGAUCAGAAAAAAUUCUCAGAAACUUUCAAUCUCUUAUAAGUUGAUUGCUUUAUGUAAGCCUAGUAGUAAACUGCGCAUAAGUGGAAGAAGAAGUGUAGAAAAGUAGAAAAGAGGAAAAUGAGAAGUCGAUUUCUUUAAA